UGCUCCGACGCAGGGAGCCGCCCGCCGGCAGGCUGAGCGCGGGUAGAGCUCCGGUAUCUGGGCGCCGCUAGCAGCAGGGCAGCGGGAAGCAUGGCCACGGCGGCGGCGGCUGUGGCCCGUCGGGCCGGGGCGAGGGCGGCGGCGGCUCUGCUGAGCGCCUGCGGGACCGCGGCCCGCGGGUGGCGGCGCGCGGGCCCCGCACGGCCCUUGUGCACAGCUCCUGGAACGGCCCCGGACAUGAAAGGCUACCUGUGGGAGCGCUACCGGGAGGCAAAGAGGAGCACGGAAGACUUGGUGCCUUCAAUUAUGAACAACUUGUUGAAUCCAGAUGCCAUUUUCUCAAACAAUGAGAUGAGCCUGUCGGACAUUGAAAUCUAUGGCUUUGAUUACGAUUAUACCCUGGUGUUUUACUCAAAGCACCUCCACACGCUGAUAUUUAAUGCUGCGCGGGACCUUCUCAUAAAUGAACACCGGUAUCCAGCGGAAAUCAGGAAGUAUGAGUAUGACCCAAAUUUUGCCAUCCGUGGACUUCACUACGAUGUGCAGCGGGCGGUUUUGAUGAAGAUAGAUGCUUUUCAUUACAUCCAGUUGGGAACCGUCUACAGAGGCCUCAGCGUUGUCCCUGAUGAAGAAGUCAUUGAAAUGUACGAGGGGUCCCACGUGCCUUUGGAACAGAUGAGUGACUUUUAUGGAAAGAGUUCUCACGGAAACACCAUGAAGCAGUUCAUGGACAUCUUCUCCCUGCCAGAGAUGUCGCUCCUGUCCUGUGUCAACGAGUACUUUCUCAAGAACAACAUUGACUAUGAGCCUGUCCAUCUGUACAAAGACGUCAAGGAUUCAAUUCGAGACGUGCACAUCAAAGGAAUCAUGUACCGAGCAAUCGAAGCAGAUAUCGAAAAGUACAUCUGCUACGCCGAGCAGACCCGCGCAGUGCUGGCCAAACUGGCUGAUCAUGGCAAGAAGAUGUUUCUCAUCACCAACAGCCCCAGUAGUUUUGUGGACAAAGGGAUGAGGUAUAUUGUCGGAAAAGACUGGAGGGACCUGUUUGAUGUGGUCAUCGUUCAGGCUGAGAAGCCAAACUUCUUUAACGAUAAGCGGAGACCUUUCCGAAAGGUGAACGAGAAAGGUGUCUUACUCUGGGAUAAGAUCCACAAGUUGCAGAAAGGCCAGAUUUACAAGCAGGGCAACUUAUAUGAAUUUUUGAAGCUUACUGGGUGGAGAGGAUCCAAAGUGUUGUAUUUUGGUGACCACAUAUACAGUGACCUGGCGGAUUUGACCCUGAAGCAUGGCUGGCGAACAGGUGCGAUUAUCCCGGAGUUAAGAUCUGAGCUCAAAAUCAUGAACACGGAGCAGUACAUUCAAACCAUGACUUGGCUGCAGACCCUGACCGGGUUAUUGGAGCAGAUGCAGGUUCACAGAGAUGCUGAGUCACAGCUGGUUUUGCAGGAGUGGAAAAAGGAAAGAAAGGAGAUGAGAGAAAUGACCAAAAAUUUCUUCAACACCCAGUUCGGAAGCUUGUUCCGCACAGACCAGAAUCCCACCUACUUCCUGAGGCGCCUGUCCCGCUUUGCUGACAUCUACAUGGCGUCUCUGAGCUGCCUCCUGAACUACGACGUCAGCCACACGUUCUACCCCCGGCGGACUCCGCUGCAGCACGAGCUGCCCGCCUGGUCGGACGGGGCCCCCGCCCUCAGACCCCCGCUCCUGCAGGAGGCCCAGGCCGAGUAAGCGGGCCCCGCCCGCGGAAGAGGCCGGAAGCCGACCCCCGGCCGGCUGGACGUGUGCGGUCGACUCGUGUGCAAAUGAGUGUCGCUUUCGGCCGAGACACAGAUAUACCUUUUGAUAUUUAUUUGGUACCUUUGGGAGACUCCUCCCCGAGUUGUCGGGACAGACGCCGGCAGCCUGGCCUCUGCGUUUCCCGUACCGGUUGGCUUCAGGGCAGGCCGGGUGUUGAAACUGUGAUUGGCCGUCGUGUUUACCAAGGUCCCGGCCCGGGCGUCCUUUUUCCGGGCCCCGUGAGACCUCUCGAUGCCGGUCUCCGUUCCAGCGGCGGAAGUGCCGAAACCGUUGCCUCUUCGUGGGCGAGGGGCCGAACGUUCACAGGCAACGCUCCGGGAGCCGGAGGGGACCGCAAGCCGCUCGCCGCAGGCUCCACAGUAGCCUCGCACGGCGGCACAGGGCGUAGAUGGUCCCCAAGCCGCGGCCGACUCCCCGGGCCCGCGGCGCUGGGGCUUCGGCCUCCUGGCCCCUCGCUCCAAGGGAGACUCGGCCUCCCUGGGACGUCUUCUGUGAAAGAACAAGAGGAAGCGCGGGUCCCCCCGACCCUCUCUUGGCCUCCCCUCGCUUGGCCUCAGUGUCCGCUCGCUGUGCCUGCCCCCUGCCGGGGAAGCCGCGCGGUGCCACGUGGCGUGGGCGGUUCACUGCUUCCCUGGGGCAGGGGAAGAGGGGGAGCGGAGCUUCCGGUUUACUCCCCGGCCUGCAGAACAGACGGCGUGCGGUCCGGCCGCAAGCGCCCGGGGGAUUUGUGAUGGGCCUCGCGGGAGUUCGUCACCCCUGAAAACGCCACCCCAGCGUUGGUUUGCUGCGCCCGUCGGCGGGCAGAAAGUGACACAGGCGAAGAAAUGUCCUUGUGAUGAAAUGCCCCGCCGGGACCCCUGCUGGGUUGUCGGAAUCUUGUCAAAACACACGCGUUAACCAGCAGGUGGGGAGGAGGCGGCCCUGUCUCCGCGUAGCCCUCGUGGUCCCUCCCUGCCAUGUUUGUGUGGCUAUUUUGGGAGCGUGGGUGGCUUUCUUUAGGCGGCUAUGCUGAGGGUGGGAGAGGGUAAGGGCCUGGCAGCCUGGAGGCGGCCGAGGCGCAGCCCCGCUCGCCCUCGCCGAGUGUCUCGUUGCUUUCUAAGGCAACACGCGCGACUCUUGUGCUUUACCCUGCAGCAUGGCAGGUCCACGGAAGGGGGGCUUGCGGAGAGCGCUCGCCGUGUCCGCGGUUUUAGUGUGGCAAAUGUAUCAGAACCAGGGGUUGAUGAAAUGCUAGCUUCAUCAGAAAUUAAAUGAGUUCCCUGACAUCCUUUGAGAUGCCCUUUGCAAUGCCCUUUAGACCCAGUCGACCCGAUUUGGCCCCCUUUGUUACUUGUAAAUUUUUGUUAUAAACACAGUAUUCCAUUCUUUUGUUGGGAAUGGGGUAGACAUUUUGUCUGCUGUGUGUUAGCUCCUAUGUGUUUUGAGCAUCAGAGGGUAUUGGAGACGGGCAUUUAAUGGGCACAGGUGGAUGCCCAGAACUGCUUGGUGUUAGGGUCUUCAGUGGACGAG